AUGGACACUGGGAGCUCCGCUGACAUGCUCUACCUCGACGCCUUCAGGAAACUCGACUUAACCGACGAGGACCUUAAACCCAUGGCGUCAACGCUCACCGGGUUCACGGGCGACUCUAUUUCCCCGCUCGGGACCACCGCCCUCCCUGUUACCAUCGAGGAAGAGCCGAGGGCCAAAACGAUAAUGACCACCUUCAUGGUAGUCAAUCUACCCUCGGCCUAUAAUGUCAUCCAAGGCCGAUCGACACUCAACAAGCUGAAGGUAGUGGUGUCCACCUAUCACCGGGCUAUUAAAUUUCCAACCCCAAUGGGGAUCGGGGAGUCCCGAAGUGAUCUGGGAGAAUCAAGACGGUGUUAUCUUACAGCGGUGGCCCUCGCAAGAAAGUCGUGCCCCCGCCAAGUUAUGGAUGCCCGAGAAGGAGCAGCAGCGUCGGAGCAUCUGGAACCACCCGAGCCGAUCACCGAGGUACCCUUAAAAAGGAACUGGCCUGAUCAGACCAUAAAAGUCGAGGCAACGCUCCCCGAAGCAGAUCAGCUCUAG